AUGGUCGUCAAUUUCCGCAUCAACCGCUUGCUUCAUGAUGGGAUAGUAAGUCUGCUUGAACCCAUUCAACGUUUUAGUCCUCCGUACGGUGUUCCGAUAUUAAAUAGUCAUAGAACCAGUUCAUACCCCACGCGAAUUUCGAGUUUCAACUGCACUGGUCGAGUUACACUUGGACCUAACCCUCCCGAGCCCUUGUCUGUUCAUCUCGGUUACUGUGAGUACGCUACUGUCGUCCCAUCCCCCUGUCAUGACCAUAAACGUGAUGUUGCAAUAGCGUGUUUGGAACCGAUGAAACUGGGGAACUUCAAUGCACCGCCACCGGUCACCUUUGCUCCUGUAAGCUGUCCCAAUAAUUCAAGUGAGGUUCGUUUAACUCACGGCGGUGAAAAAUCGGGUCGACUUGAAGUGAAACAUUUAAAGUCGGGUAUUUGGGGUACCGUAUGUGCAGACGGAUUUGGGACGAACGAGGCCAAGGCAGUGUGUCGGAUGCUCUGUUCUAGCAGUGACGAUCUAGCCUACGCACAUGCCGUCAUCAAUGUCUUUGGCGGAAUGAGUAGAGAAGAGGUGUUAGGAGCUGAAACUGGGGAGGAGGAGUUACCGAUUCACUUGGCACGAAUCGCCUGUCCGGUGAGUGCGCAAUCUCUUAACGACUGCGCUCUUGGCGACGGUUGGGGAUCGACGCAAGGAUGCACCCACGCUCUUGAUGUUGGGGUUAUUUGCGGUCCCGAGGCGCCACUCACUCCUCUUCGAAUGCAAUCCAACCUGACGUGUGACGGUGAAACGGCGCGUGUUCAAUUCAGGCGGGAACAGUUGGGCGAGGUGGGUCCGAUGACGGUGCAUUUAAAUCGAAGCCUACCCGAGGGCUGUUUCUUCAACUUCACCACUCCUGUCGACCUUGAUGGCUUUGUUGAAGUCGCCUUUCCCAUGGACAAAUGUGGCGGCACGUAUGAACGAAGCAAUUCGACAACCCUAGCAGUGCAUCUCUCCCUUGUGGUGAAUGCAACUCGCGGUCUGCUGCAAUCGGGUGUGAGGUCAGGCGAGGGAGGAGGGACCGAGGUGUUCGUGUUACCCCUCACCUGUCUCGUUGACCGUAGCGACUCCGUCCGCUCCGCCGUGCGCGCUGUCGCCACCAGCCGUCUACAGCCUCUCGUCGCCACCCGUCCGACCCCGCCUGUUCGGCUCACCUUCUUCGCUGACCGACUAUUUCAGAGACGCGUCAGUGACAAUAUAAACAUUCUUCCUCACCGACGGGUAUUUGCGCUAAUUUCACUGGCACAACCCGAGCGAAACAGCAAGUUGAUUCUACGCAACUGCUGGUUGUCUAGCAACGAGACCACCAGUGAAACCAGUAUUCCAGUCAUCGCUAAUGGGUGUCCUGUGAAUCCAGAAAUCCACUUGCAUCCAAUUUCUCGAAAUGCCGUCGGCUUCUCCUUUGAAACGGCAUACCUCAGGAGGAAAUCACAACCACUUAAUGGUGGAAGUCUGCUUCAACUCUUCGUGGUCUGCCAGACACGCCUGUGCCAAAUCUACGAAACCGAUCCCAAGUGCAUUCAGAACUACUGCAGUUGA